GCCACUUCUUUACCUCCAUUGUGUCCACAUUGUCAAAAACCAAUCGCCAUGUUGAAUCCAAAUGAUUUACUCACCAAACAGGACUACAAGACGUACCACUCUUCUUUGCUUUCCAAAUUAAAAAGGCUAGCAAUAAGCAAAAAAGCUGAAGAGGAACAAGAAGAACAGUCACUUUUACCAGAUAUGCCGAUAGAGACAAUAGAAUCGCUCUAUGAAUUGGAAAAUUUAAUAAAAAAUAAUGAAGCAAAAAAUCAAUUGAUAAAAUUUAUCAAGGAUGUUGGUGGGCCCGAUGCCAAAGAAUUUGCUCGGCGUGUCAUGAGUGACCUCAUGACCAAAGAGGUUGCGGUGAAAUUUUCAUGGAGCGGUCAAGGACGAAACACCAAAGAAGGAUAUAAAAAAAAAGAGGCAUUUCAAAGUCUGAAAAUAUCGUCUAUAAUAGCGAGUACAAUCAGCAAAGUGGGAGCCAAUUUUACCCAAGAUGAUGCCAAAAAAGGCAUGAAGAGUUAUUUGCAACACGUUGGGGAGCACAUGUAA